AUCAAACCGAGGCUGGCGUCGCAGGAAAACCCUGUCGAGAGGGAAGGAAAUUUUUGCUAGUCCAAGACAGGAAAUUUCUCCAAGAUGUGUACAAAAGUCUAUGUUGGAAACUUAGCUAAGGAUGCUACAGAAAACGAGUUGGAGAAGGCCUUCAUUAGUUAUGGCCCUCUAAAGAGUGUUUGGGUCGCUCGAAAUCCAGCAGGAUUUGCAUUUGUUGAAUAUGAAGAUUCUCGUGAUGCAGAAGAUGCUGUGCAUGCCUUAGACGGAACAAAUAUUUGUGGUGGUCGUGUUCGAGUAGAGAUGUCAACAGGAAAAUCCAAGCCUAAGCCCUGGCUGCGUGGAGGAGAAAGAAGUCGUGGCCCACCUAGAGGAAGACGUCCAUUCCAUCCUGAAGACCGUUGCUAUGAGUGUGGUGGGCGUGGACACUAUGCCUAUGACUGUCCCCAGCACAGAGGUGGUGGCAGACGAGACAGGCCCCGCAGGUCUUCACGCUAUUCCAGAUCACGGUCUCGAUCCCCACGAAGGAGGAGCUAUUCUCGCAGCCGAAGCAGGAGCCGGAGCCCUGUGCGCACAAGUCGACACAAGUCAUACUCUCGCUCAAGAAGCCACUCCAAAUCUCCAGAAAAACGCCGCAGCUACGGGGAUAAUGGACGGGACAGCGAGGACAGAUAGGCUGGCGAGAUGGUCAGGAGGUGGGAAUCUGCAUUGUGUACGGUCACAAGACGUCCAGGCUCUGUGCAUUGUCACAUAAGAUUAUAAUCGAAAUCUUAAAUGGAUUUUAUUGUCAAGCAUCAUGGAGGGAACAGCGUAUGACAUUAACAUGGUGAUCUGUGAAAUAAGCUGACUAUUGGUCCAGCCUGGCCAAAAACCAUUGUACAUAUACAUGUUUUUGUGUGUCACUCUGUUUAACUCCUUCAUUGAUUAUGCCAUAACUGAAUUUUCACUUGUAUUGACAACUGAUAUACUGGUUUAUGUUCAUAAACUUCGUUUUAUUCAUAAACUUCUUUUAUUUUCCGUUGAUAGAAAUGUAGUUCAGUCGAACAAUCCGUAUCACAGAUUACUACAAACUUUUACCAUGAAUAGGCUACCAUUUUUGUGGUCGAUGACUGCGAUUACAGUGAUCUGAUAGAAGUGCUUUUCAGUGAUAAAACAGGACUUGUGUAUGUCUUUGUCUUGCACAGCGUUUGUGCUCAUUUAAAUCGGAUAAAGGUCACCAGGAUCACUGUCAAGACCUCAUCUGUCCUAUGUGUAAUGUAUAAGAAACUGUCUCACAUUUAUUAGCCCUCUUUGGUUAUAUUAUACUGUUGUAUUUCUGAAUUGAUGCUGUGAAAUCCAGAGAUUAAUUAUGGACUUUUUAACGUUAAAUCUUUCUAAAUUUUCUUCUGUCUGUUAUAAAACCAUAAAUAUGACAGUGUUUGUAUGCCUUCCUUUUGAAAUUGUGUGAAAUAAAUAUGUUCUGAUUCUGGUCUUAUUUUA